CUUACUUCCGGUUUAGAUAGCGCUCUCGUGAUAGCUGUGCGCGGCUAACCGCUCGCGCGCUUCUCGUGUAAAAGUCACAGCGGGAGGUCUCGUUGGCCGUUAUGACAUUUCCUCCCAGAAGGAGCCGGUGUUCGGUCUCGUGUCGCUAGCUGCCCCCGAGCUGUGACGCUGUUCUGGGCUGAGAGAGAGUCGGAAUGCCCCGAGGACUACAGAAGGACCACAGAGGACUACAAAGAUGGAGGAGAAGGCGUUAGAAGUCUACGACGUGAUCCGGUCCAUCCGGGACCCGGAGAAGCCUAACACCCUGGAGGAGCUGGACGUGGUAACGGAGAACUGUGUGGAGGUCCGGCAGCUCGAGGAGGAAGAGUACCUCAUCAUCAUCAAGUUCUCCCCCACCGUGCCUCACUGCUCUCUGGCCACGCUGAUCGGCCUCUGCUUACAGGUGAAGCUGCAGCGCUGCCUGCCCUUCAAGCACAAGUUGGAAAUCUACAUUUCAGAAGGAACUCAUUCGACUGAAGAAGAUAUCAACAAGCAGAUCAACGAUAAGGAGCGCGUGGCGGCCGCCAUGGAGAACCCCAACCUGAGGGAGAUCGUGGAGCAGUGCGUCAUCGAGCCCGACGACUGACGAGCAGGCUCCGCCCACCGGAGGCUCCGCCCACCGGAGCUCUGAUCAUGAACACUGAAUGAAAGUCGUGAUGGACGCCACGGGGACUUUAAAGAUCUCUCAGGUUCCACCCCGUCUCGCGUCUGAUGGAUAAAUAGUUUAUACAAGCUUUUCUUUGUCCACGGAAAAAACGGAAUCAUGUUGUCAGUGAAACCGAAAGAUCUUUAGUUUGUCAAAGUUUCAUGUAUUUUAAAUAAAUAAUAAUGAUCUGAAA